AUGCAGCCGACACCGAACAAGCUGAACCUGAGCUUCGCCAGAAACGCUUACAGCGUCUUCGGCAGCCGCAACGCAGCUGCCGUGAACGAACAUCAGCGCGAGCAAAAGACGGAACUGCUGGAGGACAACAAGGCCAACGGCCUCCUGCGCAUGAAGAAUGGCGUGGACUACAUCAAUCCUGGUGAGGAAGACCAGAUGGAAAUUUACGGCUACAAGAAAAAUCGCGCGCGCGCCAUCAUCACCUGGUUCUUCAUCGUCAUCACCGGAGGUUUCCUCAGGUUGGUCUUCCACUGGGUGCCGCAUGUCAUGCUUAUGGCCACGCACUCCAGCUGUUCGCUGGAGGAAGCGGAAACCGUCCUGUUGAUCGAGAGGUUCCAAGGGAAGCACACGAGUUACUACGUGAGGAAGCUGAAAGUCUUAACCGCUCGGGAAGUCGUGUUAGUAACUUUCUCUUCCGGGCGCAACGUCUCCGCGUGGUCGAUACUAACGGCCACCUCGUGGUUUCUUUGCAGCAACAAACCCUUCGACGGGGAAUCUCUGAUCGACAAUGAACCGUGGGUGGAGACUCCGGUUACGGUCAAGGAGGAUGACGGCCCGAUGUUGUCUGUGCAUCUCUGCGGCGGCCAAUUCAAACAGGUGCCGUCCAUCGUCCUUUUCAACUGCAAGAAGCUGACCUACGUCUGGGAGCCGGAGAGAGCGGAAUUCCUGAAACUGCGCGGCCUCGACGUCGACGUCUUGACGUCCUCCCUGCACCAAAUGCAGGGUCUCAGCGCUCAGGAACAAUACAUGAGGCGCUGUGUUUACGGCAACAACGAGAUCGUCAUUCCCGUGAAGGGCGUGUUAACGCUGAUCUGCCUCGAAGUGCUCACCGCGUUCUACGUCUUCCAAUUGUUCAGCUUCUGCCUGUGGAUCGCGGACGACUAUUAUUACUAUGCCGUGGUCAUCCUCCUAAUGUCGAGCGCCAGCGUCAUAAUGGCAGUCUUCCAGACACGACGCAACCAGCUGAAUCUGCGAUCGACGGUGUACUCGUCCGACGUCGCCACGGUUAUGAGGGAUCGAAUAACCGGUCAGACCGAGACGGUGCCCGCUGAGCGUUUGGUGCCCGGCGACAUCUUGGUCAUCCCGUCCCAUGGCUGCCUGAUGCCCUGCGACGCUGUGCUGUUGACUGGCAACUGCAUUCUCAACGAAUCCAUGUUGACCGGCGAGUCAGUACCCGUCACGAAGACGCCAAUUCCUUCCUCCAACGACAUAAUAUACAACGCCAAAGAACACGCCAGACACACGCUUUUCUGCGGCACCAGGCUCAUUCAGACAAGAUAUUACGGGAGUGAGAAAGUGUUAGCGGUGGUCCUAAGAACCGGCUUCAACACCAGCAAGGGCGGCCUGGUGAGGUCCAUCAUGUAUCCCCCGCCUGUUGAUUUUAAGUUCGAACAGGAUUCCUAUAAGUUCGUCAUGAUGCUAGGGUGCAUAGCCUGCAUAGGAGUCAUCUUUACCAUCGUGACCAAAGUGAUGAGGAAAAUACCCCCCAGUCAUAUCACUUUGGAAGCUUUGGAUCUCAUUACUAUCGUGGUGCCACCGGCAUUGCCAGCGGCUAUGACUAUCGGACGUCUCGUGGCGCAACGCAGGUUAGAGAAGAAGAAGAUAUACUGCACGAGUCCCAGGACGAUUAACGUCUCGGGUUCCAUCGAUUGCAUUUGCUUCGACAAGACCGGAACGCUGACCGAGGAUGGUUUGGACAUGUGGGGCGUGGUGACGGUUUCGGACAGGAAGUUCCAGUUGCCGGUCAAGGAUAUUACUAGUCUGCCAUUAUCGGAGGCUCUCAUCGGGAUGGUUACGUGCCAUGGAAUAACUAUAAUCGAUAACCAGCUGGCGGGAGAUCCCCUUGAUCUAAAGAUGUUCGAGUCUACCGGUUGGACGUUGGAAGAGCCCGAUGUGUCCGACACGUCCAAGUUCUCCAUGCUAUUCCCGACCAUCGUCAGACCGGCGAAGGACUCCAAGUUGUUGAAGAAGCUACCGAACGAUUUGUGCGACACGCUCAGCCGACAGAACUCCAUGUCUUCCGACGUGGUCGACGGUAUAUCCCUGAGCAACCUCGACGCCGCGUUCGUCGGCUCCGCGACCGAGCUGACCGAUCAGGGCUUGGAGGUGGGAAUUGUACGGCAGUUUCCUUUCACGUCAACUCUCCAGAGAAUGAGCGUGAUCACCAGGACAUUGGGAGCGAAUCACUACGAUCUCUAUUGCAAGGGCAGCCCGGAAAUGAUCCUUAGUCUCUCCAAAGCAGAAUCCAUUCCUCCGGACUUUGCGGCUGUUUUGCAAGAGUACACAUCCGAGGGUUAUCGAGUGAUCGCUCUCGCUCAUAAAUCCCUGAACCGUCUUCCAUAUGCCAAGGUGCAGCGCAUGAAUCGCGAGGCUGCCGAGAUCGAUUUGACGUUCCUGGGAUUCGUGGUAAUGGAGAACCGACUGAAGCCAGAGACCUCGCCAGUAAUAGCGGCGUUGAAUGCCGCUUGUAUCAAGACGGUAAUGGUAACGGGGGAUAACAUGCUAACCGCCCUCUCGGUAGCUAGAGAUUGCAACAUGGUGAAGCCCGGCACACCGGUGAUCGUAGUCUCGACGAACCAGCACAAUCAACUGAAACCGCAGAUCUACUUCACGAAAAGCGACAGUCAACCGUCGCCUACCUCGCCGAACGGCCAACCCGAUCUCAGCGAAAUGACUGAUCUGAACAGCGUGGUCAGUUUGGAAACGGUCGAGAGCGGCUCCUUCGCUAAUACCAAGCUGGAGAACGAUAUCGAUUACCUGUCGAACGACGUACAAUAUUCCAAGAACAAGUACGUGUUCGCGUUGACGGGGAAAACGUGGGCCACCGUGAAGAAUCAUUAUCCCGAAAUGAUACCCAAAUUGGUCACUCGCGGCGCGAUUUUCGCGAGAAUGUCUCCCGAUCAGAAGCAACAGUUGGUUCAGGAACUGCAGGCCUUAGGGUACUAUGUCGCCAUGGUGGGAGACGGCGCUAACGAUUGCGGUGCACUGAAAGCGGCGCACACCGGGAUCUCUUUGUCCGACACGGAGUCUUCAGUCGCGUCGCCGUUCACCAGUCGUGAGACCAACAUCUCUUGCGUGCUAACGGUGAUUCGUGAGGGUCGGGCCGCGCUGGUCACGUCCUUCGGCAUCUUCAAGUACAUGGCCGGUUACUCGCUCAUACAGUUCAUCUCGGUGAUGAACCUCUACAGCAUCGACUCCAACCUGACGGAUGUCCAAUUUCUGUACAUCGAUCUUUUCAUCAUCUCCAUAUUCGCUUUCUUCUUCGGCCGUACCGAGGCGUACGAGGGCCCUCUGGUGAAAACGCCGCCGCUCAACAGUCUCAUCAGCACGUCGCCGAUAUUCAGCUUGAUCACGCACACCGUGAUAGUCGGCAUCUUCCAGUACGUGGGCUUGUGGCACGUGCGGCAGAUGCCGUGGUUCACGCCGUUCAACGCGACCGCACUGGAAGAUAAGGACGACGUCGGCUGCUGGGAGAAUUACACCAUCUUCAUCAUCAGUUCCAUGCAGUACAUCAUCUUGGCGGUGGUGUUUUCGAAGGGACCGCCCUACAGGAAGUCCCUCUUCACCAACUACGGUCUGCUCACCUCAUUUGUGUUCUUGAGUCUUUUCUCCAUCUACCUCGCCGUGUGUCCCUUCGAGUGGCUGGCCAACUGGUUCGAGCUCGUGAUGCCGGACGACCUCGUCUUCCGCUUCCUCAUGGUCGGCUACGGUUUGGCGAACCUCAUGGUCGCGCUGUUGGUCGAGCAUUUCCUCGUGGAAUACCUGGUCUCCGGCAAACUGCGUUACCGUUGGCACGACGUCGACAAAUCCCGGCGGAAGUUCCUGGCGAUCGAGCGCGACAUGGCGAACGACCUCAAGUGGCCGCCGAUCUCGCAGGAACCGUUGCCGGAGGUCACGCCCAACGUUCCGAUCCGGCAGAACGUCACCGAGAUCAAGAUCGAGAAGAGGAUCGCCGAGCCUUGCCACCCGGCCGACACCAGCUUCAUGAACAGCUCGCCGGUCUGCGCCGGCUUCAAGCAUUUCGGCUCCGCUCGCGAGGUCACCCUCAAUCCCAAGUCCCUCUUCGACCAUUGCCGGAAUACGGUAUCGAUGCAGACCGUACCUUGCUUCGAGGACUCGUUGCCGAAGCAGUCGGGCGCUGAACCCGCGUCGAAGCGACGGCACAACUCGGAAUCGGAGAACGGCAUCAAUCGUUAUGAGAAACCCUACAUGAACCACAACACCAAUCCCAUCGCCACGCUACCCCGGAACCCGAACGCGACUCUCCAGCCGCAGAAACUGCAGAGGGACUUCAAGGAUGUCCUGGUGCACAAGAGCGACAACCGAGUGUCGUCUGGAAACACACACAGCGUGCUCGAAUUGGACAUUCUGCCGUCCUGAGGGUCGCAGCGCUCGAAAGACCGAUCAAACGGUAACUGAACGCAACCCGUGAGACCUUAUGAUUUCGGAGUAUUAUUAGAUUACUCGCAACCUCUCGUCAUUUCGGAUCGGCGCGAGACCGACGUCGCGAAAAACCCGAUCAAUCGCGCGACGUCGCACGCUAGACGCUGCAAUCUCGAUUCCCUCAUCCCCCUUCCAUUCGCUAUUUGUGAUAUAUCCAGGACAUGUAUUUCAUAUCGGUCGUCGACGUAUUAGUUUUACGCAAAGAGUCAGCGAGCUCGAGCUACGUCACCGAUCAGACGUAUCCGAGUCGAUGCAUUUAGCCUGUCCACCGCUCGGUGGCUAACUUCAAGUCAGGGUUAAGAAGUAACGCGUUGCUCUUUGUUAUCGUUACUAGGUGAUUUUCGACCAAGUAACGUCUUAAGAAUGGCAUGCGUGUUUCUUCAACGGUGGCGACGACGCAAGUGAGUUUUGCUUGAGCAAAACGGGAGCGAUCGUUACUUUUAUCGCUACUGUGCAACACGGAGUACUUUCUGAUGAACGGCAGCGGUAACGAGUUACUUUUAAGAAGUAACUUUCCCGAUCGUAUUGCGAGUUAUAUAAAUGAUGUAAAUGAUAAGAAUGAGCCGGAUGUAGGAGUAAAUUAAAGAUAACGUGUAGAGUAGCUCACGUCGCUCAGUUACGCUUAGAGAGAAUUAAUAUUUCGUAACUUAGACGUUGAUUCAAUUUCUCAGCCAGCGAGCCGUUCUAGCUUCGGCUUAUUUUUUAAUCACUGAUUCAAGCCGGGGUCCCUUUUGACCCGGCCCUCCUUCGCCCUUCCUCUUCUGCCCUCGUUAGUAUUCGAAAGCGAUAUAUGCUCGAGAGAAAGUAUUAUUGUUAUUUAUCUGUUAAGCGACUAUUUUACACGAUCUAUAGUUCGCGACAAGGAUUCUCCUCGCGCUGUGCAAUACGGGAUAACCUCUUCAGAUAUUCGCUCACAGAGAAUUCUAUCGUGAAUUACGGGUCGUCCGAAAUGGAUCUUAGACAAAAGAGCGUAACAGUUGUACAUGAGCUCCGUGUUAGGGAGAAUCUUCCGGAUGCAGCGCGAAUUGUAUCUCAACAAUACACGUAAAUGUAUUUAUUCUUACGUAAAUACGUUGUCACAUGAGGCUAGAGCGGAACGAGAGCUAAUGUCCUUUAUCACUGCGGUUACGGAACGAAUACUUAAAGAAGCUCGCGUCCUCGACGACGCAUACCCCUCGGUUUCAGCAUUCAAAUCACACACGGGGAAAAGGAUUGGUCGAAUUAAGGUGACAAUGAACACAUCGAAUGCGUUUUGAUCGAAGGAAACGGAAUUUCUCGCCCUGAGAAUUGAAUUUAGUUCAUGGAAAAUUAGAAAUCCCGUCUCCUUCAAUCCUUCUCCAUGCGCGUAUAGUUAGAGCGAAUUUAAAAUUAAUUUCUCUCCUCCUCCUUUUCUCAUUCCUUUUCUCUCCUCAGGCGCUAUUCGCUCUUUAUUUACCCGUGCAUUUUUUUACCCUCGAGUUUUAUUCGAGUUUCAUUCGAGCGAUAUCAAUAACUUAAAACACGUGCCUGUAUACGUUGCAUUUUAUACAACAACGAUUUCAAUUGUAAUAAUUGCAAAUAACACGUCACACGAUAGCAAUUGGUUCGUCGUUCGCGCUAUCAUUUUAUCUUGAGGAUCAUUCCACAGUGGAAAAUCAGAUCACUGAACUAGAAGCGAUGUGACGAUGCGGAGAAAUUGAUGGCUGCUGAGGGGGAGGGAAAUGUGUAUUACGUAUUGUAUUUAAUAAUGUAAUUAUACCCUGAGUAAUCUUCGCAAUGUUAAGAUAAGAUAAGCGAGAUACGUAUUGUUAAAAAGUAACUAUCGAGAUGAAUGUGUACUUACAGAAUGCAUGCAACGCAAAUAGAUACUUAAUCGCGUCGAUCUAUUCGCGAUGCUAUAUAGCUUGUGUUGAAAAGUAGCGGUUGUCAAA